UUCCCUCCCUCUACGGGUUUUCUUGUGCUGCUUGCGAGGGGUUUCUUCCUUUCUGUCCGACAUCUUUGAGACAGCAGCAGCAUGCCUCCUAAAGACGACAAGAAAAAGAAGGAUGCCGGCAAGUCUGCCAAGAAGGAUAAGGACCCAGUCAAUAAGUCCGGAGGCAAGGCCAAGAAGAAGAAGUGGUCCAAAGGAAAAGUGAGGGACAAGCUGAACAAUCUUGUGCUGUUUGACAAAGCCACUUAUGACAAGCUGUGUAAAGAAGUACCCAACUACAAACUUAUUACCCCAGCGGUGGUAUCUGAGAGGCUGAAGAUCAGAGGCUCACUGGCCAGGGCUGCCCUCCAGGAGCUGCUCAACAAAGGUCUGAUUAAAUUAGUGUCCAAGCACAGAGCCCAGGUCAUCUAUACCAGAAACACAAAGGGUGGUGAUGCACCUGCAGGAACUGAGGAAACGGUCUAAUGGGAGGAUCCAAAUUUUCUUUGUACAUUAACAGAAAUAAAUCUGUAUAAAUAAA